UUAUUAUCUUUCAUUUCAGGUAUUCUUGUGCUUGCCAAAGUUGAACAAGUUGGUCUCGGUGGCUCACUAAAUGCAGUCUUCACGUGUAAUAGCUGCACUCUUCGAACCGUCAAUUUUCAGGGGUCAGCACUAGUGGAGGGUUCUAAAAGAACUGUGGUGGGACUUGCACUAGGGGUGGCAUUCUUCAUCUCCGGUCAUGGAUUUGCCAAAUUUGAAAGAACACUAAAGCAGUUCCUUGGAAUACGCUGUAAGAACAGGUAUUAUGACAUUGUCAAGCUGGUGUACCCACAUAUCACUGCAAUAUUAGAUGAAAUGUGUGAACAGGAAAAAAACAGAAUGAAGGAGAAAGAUGCUGCUGUCCUAGGAAGCUGGAAAAAGGCAGUUGUCAAGUCAGAUGGUGUGUGGCAUACCAGAGGGCACUUCAGUAAAAAUGGUUCUUUUAUUAUAAAGAACUACCUUACUGGGAGGCUUCUCUGGUAUGGGCAUAAAUGCAUGCGAGGGAAAGAUGAUGUCAUCGAUGUAGAAUUGUAUGCUGGCACGGCCAAGUCUAUGGAGGGAGUCCUUGCCGGGGAGUGUUACAAACAGGCAAAGGAAGAGGGAUGCCAUGUCAAUACAGUUUGGCAAGAUGGAGAUUCCAGCUCUGCAAAGUCUGUCACUGAAAACCACUCCAACAGCAAAGUGUACAAGUGUGGAGGGCAUGUUGGACGUGCUCACACGAACAACCUGAAAGAGGCUGCAAAGAAAAAGGAGUUUUCAAACGACAUUACAAAGAAAUUCAAAGACAAGUUUCCUAAUAUCAAAACACUCAAGUGCAAAUGUGAACGCCACAAGUCUGGAUGUGGUUGUUUAUCACAGACAUUCAUCAAGGGAGCUCGCAUUAACCACUUUUGCAUUCUUCUAUGGUGGUAA